AUGACCCGAGUCGCUCCAACCACAGAUGCUCAGGUUCUCAUUGUAGGGGGAGGUAUUGGAGGCCUGACAUUGGCAGGUAUCUGUAAAAAGCUUGGAAUCAGCUACAAGGUGCUCGAACGCAGUGCCGAAAUCACCCCCGUCGGCGCAGGGAUCUCCCUUGCACCCAAUUGCCUACGUAUCUUGGAUCAGCUGGGACACAUGGGUGAGAUCCGACGCAAAGGACAGCCUCUUCGCAAGAUCCAAAUCUUUCGCGACAAUACUUUGUGGAGUGUCGUUGACUGGGAGUGGAUUGAGGGCAAGUUUGGGUACAGCGUCUACUCUAUUGAAAGACACUCAAUGCACCAAGCCCUCUAUCAGGGCGCAGGGCCAGAGAAUGUUCUACUCAAUGCAGAGGUUGUCGAUAUUGAAGAUCUGCCCACUGAGCCUACGGUCAAGGUGCGCCUGGCCGAUGGUCGACAAAUAACUGGCGAAGUAGUGGUGGGCGCAGAUGGUAUUAGAUCAGCAACCAGACGCAUUUUAGCUGAGAAGGACGGACUGGAUGGCACCCACACCAUCCGCUUUACUGGUCGCACACACAUGACUGGUUACACACAUCCCCUGGAACAUCUGAGCUCCCAGGACCUGGGAGUGGCUACUUGGGUUUUUUACGACGAUGCCAUUCUAACCUCGUGGCCAUGCAUCGAAAACAGACAAUGGUUUGUAGGAGUCAAGUCAUCGAAAUUGAAAGAUCCUAGUCGGUCAAGCUGGAAAGGCGCCUCGAAGGAGAUGAUCAAUGAAAUCUAUGGCGACCGAUUUCAUCCGUUUGGUAAGCACCACAAGGUGCGCGAUGUGGUGGAUAUGGCGGAACGCGUGACAGCUAGUGACGUGUUCGAAGAGACUGCAUUUCCCCCAUGGCUACUGGUCGGCCGCACAUUCCAUGACGUCCUUUAUCGGCCAGGUAUUUGUCACACCCCCACUUCUGCAGCAGUUCCCAUUGACUCAAUGAUGCAUUACCAGGGCGCAUGCCAAGCAAUUGAAGAUGCAGGCGAGUUAGCCAAUGUGCUCAACUCAUACUUCCGUGAUCGGUCAGGCCACACGCAGGCGCUGCAGAUGUGUCUCAAAGAAUACCGCCAACGCAGGGAAGAGAGGGCCCGCUACGUGUUCGAAUUCUCCAGUACUUUUGCGUCACUGCACACCGGCAAAAUGGGCUAUGGAUUGGGACCGCUCCUUCGCAGGGUUGCAUUUACCUGGGCCCCUAUGUGGUGCUGGGAUCGUGCACUCACCCCCUUAUAUGGCUACCAGCCUUAUGUUGAGGCACUGGCGGAGGAGUCGGGCUAG